AUGUUUGAAGCUAAGUCUGUAGUCACUCCCACAGCUUCACACUUCAAACUACAAAGCCUACAUCCUAAAGAAAGAGCUGAAGAAUAUGAAUAUAUGAAGAAUUUGCCAUAUGCUAGUGUUGUGGGAAGUCUUAUGUAUGCAAUGAUUGGUUCGCGUCCAGAUUUGGGGUUUGUGGUCGGUUUGAUCAGCAGGUUUAUGUCACAUCCUAGCCGAGAACAUUGGGAGGCUGCUAAGUGGCUUCUAAGAUACGUGAAAGGAGCUUAUGAUAUGUGUUUGACUUUCAGGAGAAGUUCAGAUUUCAGUGUUGAGGGUUAUUCAGAUUCUGACUACUCUACAGAUUUGGAUAAGCGAAGGUCAGUGUCAGGAAUUGUUUUCAAGUUUGGAGGAAACACAGUGUCUUGGAAGUCAGGUUUACAAUCUGUGGUGGCUCUUUCAACCACAGAGGCAGAGUACAUGGCUCUGACCCUGGCUGUGAAAGAAGCAAUUUGGUUGAGAGAUAUCUGCACAGAAAUGGGAUUUGAGCAGAACAGUGUAAGGAUACACUGUGACUCUCAAAGUGCAAUCGCAUUGUCGAAGAAUUCAGUACAUCAUGAACGUACUAAACAUAUGGACCGAGACUUCCAUUUCAUCAGAGACAUUGUUGAUAAAGGGUGGGUAUCUAUAACUAAGAUUCACACGUCUAUCAACCUAGCAGAUUUUUUGACUAAAACGGUACCUGGAUCCAAGUUCCAGCUCUGCCGUGAAGGAUUGAAUGUCGCCUGA